GCAUCCUGGAAAGUAUGUAUUGGCUGUACAUCCGGUUUGCCUGUCAAAUAGCAGUGAGCGAGCGCAGCCCCCAAAGAUUGGUAAUGUGGCACAUUGAAAGACAGGCGGUCAGACAGUAGCUACAUUUUCUUUUUUACGCUAGAAGGGAAAUUGUUUGAUUGCUCUGGUCGAAUAACAAUUUAAUCCCUCCCCUUCAACUGAAUUAUAGAGACGUUGUGAAAUUUACGAUUGUCCUUGCAUAGCGUUUGUUUCUGAAAGAAGAUGGCGGAUGUAGAGACUUGUGGUGCUGCUCCGGAGAAGAGCCUGGAUGAUUUCUUUGCCAAGAGGGAUAAAAAGAAGAAGAAAGAAAAGGGAGGUAAGGGAAAAGAAGCGCCAGUUGGGCCCACACCAAUUGUCUUGAAAAAGAACAAGAAGGAAAAGGAGAAGUCGGGCACGAAAAACGAAAAUCAAGAUGCGCAGCCGGAGAAGGAGGAUGAGGAGUGGAAGGAGUUUGAGGCGAAGGAGGUGGACUACAGCGGACUCAGGCUGCAGGCUCUCCAGAUAAGUGAUGAGAAGGAGGAAGAGGAGUAUGAGGAGGAGGUCGGUGAAGAUGGCGAGAUCAUCCUGGUCAGUGGAGACAAAAUGUCUGGGCCUUGGAACAAGUCCGGUGCCCCGCCACCUGCCGCUGCCUCUGUUGAGGUGGAAGAGGUGCCUGAGUCAAAGCCUUCUGGGGUGUACCGCCCCCCAGGGGCCCGACUGACCACCACCAAGCGUGGCCCCAACCAGGGGCCCCCUGAGAUCUUCAGCGACACACAGUUCCCCUCACUCGGGGCCGGCUCCAAGCAUGUUGAGACACGCAGAGACAGGGAGAUGGAGAAGACCUUUGAGGUGGUGAAGCACAAGAACCGUGGCCGAGAGGAAGGCGGCAGUGGGGCUUCCCUGCAGCAGUUGGAGCUCGGUAACCAGUACGCCAUCUUGGGGGACAAGUAGCACACCCCAACCCCCCCCCUCCCCUCCCCCGCCCAUCCAGCGUGGUCUUGCCCAGCCGCCAGAGGGAGCUGAACUACAGCUGUGUGUACCUAACUACAGCGCAGUCCUGACAACGAAUGCUGGCGCUGCUGCCACCACCACACUGGACCUUCUCUCCCUCACACCACCGUACAAUACAUACAUUAUACAUACAAACACACUCUCAUACACCUCACACAGUGAACCAUAUAAACUGACACACUUUACAUCUACAUGCAUUAUAUACAGUACAUUCACAAAGCACCUGGUUGGCAAAACUGAAGGACUACAUCCAAAAGUGCUGUGGCAAGUGAUUAACUGAAACAAAAAAAUAUAAAAUCUAUAUGAUACACCCAUAUGAAUGACACUGCAGCAUCAACAACAGCAAACGACAACGUACGGUUGUCUUUUGUGGAUUGUUUUCAGAGCAGCAGUUGUGUGGUACAACUUCUCUCUGGACUUCAACUUGCUUUGAUUAUAAAGCCACAGAGGAUCGAAGAAAACGAAAAAAAUUGUGCGAGAUGAAUUUACGAACUGUUGCGAAUAGAUCUAUUUUUUUGCGAGAUCGUUAUAACCCAAACUGCACAUGGUUGGUUGGUGUGUUUGAGUUAUGGUUUGGGCACGUGAGGGGAGACUACCUCAGUCACAGCUGUGGUGACCAUGUUGAGCGGGCUUUGGCUCUUGGUGGUGAGUGGGGCAAACACCAGGCCUGCAGACGAGAAGACCACCAGGCUCUUUCACUUAGAAACUUGAAGAUUUUGUUUUCCUCAAGAAUGGGACUCCUGCAAAGAUCUGUGGACACAGGAGAGAAGUUAUGGUCCUCAUUUAGAAUGACUAUUUAAAAGUGGCCUUACUGUAAAGAGCGAGAGAGGGAAACUGCUUCGUUCUCUAGAGAGAAACUUGCUCGUUGUCUCAUGGUAUGUUGCCAGCCUCCUGGAUCUCGCAACUUAAAGAUAAACCAACCUCCUUUCCUCUUCAAGAAUGUAGUGCUGAGUUGUAGUUUGUCAGAAUAUUAUACUGACUAAAUGUCCUUCAUAUCCACUGUUUGACUUGCGCGCCCCAUCUCUUUUAAAAUUUGAUUGUUAACAUUGGCAAACCGUUAUUAAAGCUCCUCCUUUCUAAUCUGAAGUCAUUCCUUUGGUAGAUGUUUGGACUUUUUACAGGAUUCUGAGGAUUCGGCCCUUUUUAUUUUUACUUUUGAGGGUUUUGUUUCCACCAGUGUUCGUGAACUUACGUCAUUGUGUAGAGGUGGGAUAUGAAAAAUAGACUGACAUAUUGUUAAGGUGCAAAGAGAUACUAGCUACAGCGUCCCAAAAAUGACCCUUCUGUACCCAAUGCCUGUAAUUGACCACAGUAAGUAUGGCCUGUCAUACUGCUGUCCAUUUUUGAGUACAUAUGUUUGCUUUCGCCUAUAUUCAUUGAAUUGCUUCAGUGCAAGACAUUCAAGUUUACCCUAUUCUGCAGAAUGGAACUCAACCCCCUUUCUCCAUCCUCCCCAUAGUUAGUUGCCCUCAAAGCUCCUUCUCCAAAUAUGAGGUGUAUUGUUUCUGUACUUAUUGAACUCUUUAGAGCAGAUCGAUGACAUGUAUCCCUGGUCCUGGAGAGCUUCAGUCAGUGCCUGCUAUCUUUCCGCUUGGGCUCCAAACCACCUGACCACUGUCUCCUCUCAUGAACCGAUGCGGUAAAAUAGAAAGGUCAGGUGGUUUAGAUUUAGAAUGACCAUGUUUGCAUUUCCUUAGGUUGAACAGAGGGUUAGAACGAAGAAUUGCUGGAGUUGUGUUCAGAUAUUUCUGUUGAAGUCAUUUGAAAUGUAAUGGAACUUAAAAUUUGCAAAUGGAUGGCCAGAGUUGUGGAGGGCACUGUAGCACACAAAGCAUCCUGUGGACCCCUGCCUAAACGUUGUGGGUGGAAGUAGCGAACAUUUCUACUGAGAACUGUUUUCAAAGACUAGUUUAACACAAAAUAAACAGUGAUCUUUGUGA